AUGAAGUCAAUUACUCUCGGAAUCACCUUGCUAGGCUAUUCUCUUGCUACAGAACAAGUCCUGUAUCCAAGAGAAGGUAACUUGAAGGUUCCAACGGUUAAUACAACUAGUGGUAUGGUCUCUGGCCACGCAGCCCCCAAUACUACUGGAGUGUCUGAGUAUCUCGGUAUUCCAUUCGCCCAGCCACCAGUUGGAGAAUUGAGAUUUGCACCUCCACAGCCAUACAAAGGCAAUGGGCACAUCAACGGUACUAAGUACGGCUUCACUUGCCCAGCUACUUCAUCACGCCCCGUACGAGCUGAGGGUAAUAUAACAGUUCCUGGUGCAAAGCUCCUAACGAUCAUCGGUCAAUCGGAGCUCCCUUUGAGUGAGGACUGCCUGACGUUGAACAUCUGGGUGCCAUCCGGUGGGGAGGAGAACAAAGCUGUGCUAUUGUGGGUCUUUGGUGGAGGUUUCUCCGUCGGAGGGUCAGCGGUACCAUUCUAUAACGGCCAGUACUUUGCAGAGGAACAAGAUGUGAUUAUUGUGACUAUCAAUUACCGCAUCAACAUCUUCGGCUUCCCCGGCAAUCCUUCAGAGCGGAACGCAAAUCUUGGACUCCUUGAUCAAAGACUGGCUGUUGAAUGGACUCGUGAUAAUAUUGCUGCGUUCGGCGGAGAUCCAUCUCGAAUUACCAUGUUUGGUCAAUCAGCAGGCAGUGCCUCUCUUGAAUACUUCGCCUAUGCAUGGAAAAAAGAACCUAUUAUUGCGGGACUGAUCCAGCAAUCCGGCAGCAUUACCCAUGAAGACCCGUCUCCUCAAGAUGCUAAAGCUGUGGAAAACAGCUGGUUCUAUGUCUCUGAGGGUCUCGGGUGCGGCGACACCUCCGACCAUGAUGCAGUUGUAAAGUGCAUGCGCACGAAAGAUGUGGAAGAUAUCCUCGCAUAUGUUCCAGGCUUUACUGGAACGUCCAAUCUCACCUUUGGUCCUGUGGCUGACGAAAUAACCAUUUUCUCUGAUAUUGAAGAACGAACCAAGGCAGGCGACUUCUACCAAGUCCCUCUUUUGAUGGGCACCGUGAAUUAUGAAACUGGUCUUACCAUCGCCCUUGGUUUGACAGAUCCCGGUGCCGUCUCCCAUUCACAGGCGUACUGGGAUAAUGUCGACGAGCAUUCCAUGUGUUCUGUUCCUGAGAGAGCCAAUAUCAGCAUCUCGCAUAAUGCCCCUACAUGGAGAUAUCGUUACUUUGGUGUCUGGCCUGAUAUGCAGCUAUCGACUUAUCCGGACUGCGGAGCUUGGCAUACCAUUGAUGUGCUUGCAGUCUUCGAUUAUAUUCCACAAGGUCCUGGAAUUCCUGAUCAGACUCCUGAACAGAUCUCUACUGGCAAGUAUGUCAGGGGAGCUUGGGCAGCCUUUGCGAAGGAUCCCAAGGAAGGACUGAAAGGCUACGAGGACGGGUGGCCACUGUACAACCCAACGGAAGAUACAUUGGUUAGGCUGGCGUAUAACAACCAGACAGGAGCGAACCUAGCACGUCCUUACCAAUACGACAAAGGAUGCAAUUCGACGUUCCCUGUCAACGGGUCUGCGUCGCAGCCAAAGUCAACUCCAUUCACUGGGGAGAGCAGCAAAUUGGUAGCCCUCUAG